UCAGGGUGAUUGAACCCACAAAGUUAACUAUGGAUUCUCUUCUUCAAUUCCCAACAUUUAUGUUCUUCUCCUUCCUGUUAUUUCUUUACUUCUUGCUUCAAUGGAGGUCAAGGAAUACAAAGCUCAGCAAUAGCAAUAAAAGGGUUGCACCAGAAGCUGUUGGGGCAUGGCCAAUAAUUGGUCACCUCCAUCUGUUAGGAGGUAAUUCUAUUCCUCACAUUACUUUGGGAGCAUUGGCUGACAAAUAUGGACCAGCUUUCACCAUUCGGCUUGGUAUGCAACCUGCUUUGGUAGUAAAUAGUUGGGAGGCAGCAAAGGAGUGUUUUAGUACAAACGAUAGGGCCCUUGCCACCAGAUCCAAGUCAAUAGCCACAAAGCUCAUGGGCUACAACUAUGCUCUAUUUGCCUUCACUUAUUAUGGGACUUAUUGGCGUGAGAUACGCAAGAUAGUCAUGCUUCAGCUUCUCUCCAACCGUCGGCUAGAGAUGCUCAACCAUAUCAGAGCCUCAGAGAUCGAAGCUUUCAUAAAAGAGAUAUACAAGAUGUGGGAAGAGAAGAAGGGUGGCCAAAAUAUACAAGUCUUGGUUGAUAUGAAGAAAUGGUUCGCAGAUUUAACACUAAAUAUUAUUGUCAGAAUGGUUGCUGGAAAGAGAUAUUUCUCUAAUAAAGCCUCUGAUGCAGAGGAGGCACUGCAGUGUCAAGAAGGAGUUAGAGAUUUUUUUCACUAUAUUGGUCUAUUUGUGGUUUCAGAUUCAUUUCCCUUUCUUGAGGGGUUGGACUUGCAAGGAUAUGAGAAAGCUAUGAAGAAGACGGCAAAAAAUUUGGAUUCUAUAGUUGAAGGAUGGUUGAAGGAACAUAAGCUUAAGCGAUCAUCUGCUAACUAUGGCCAGGCCAAGGGUGAUCAAGACUUCAUGGAUGUUGUGAUAUCUAUCAUGGAGGAUUCAAAGCUCUCAUCAGAAGAUUAUGAUGCUGAUACGAUCAUCAAAGCUACUUGCUUAGUCUUCGUAGGAGAAGCAUCUCGUACAAUGUUUGAUCCACACUUGCAAUCCACUCAAUGUGAAAACUUAUUGUAAAAAGAGAAAUUGAGUAGAAUAUUCCAUGCGUGGAUCAAGCACCGUGAUCCUAAUCAUUUACAAGGACCUUAUCCGGACUCAUUCAUUUAUUGGGAGACUAUUUUCUGUGGGGGAUCGCAGUCUCCACUAAGGCGUCUCAAAGUUGGUCUCUCUCUACAUAUAUUGAUCAUUUCAAUUGAGGGAGGUGGAUCUAAAUACCAGCAUUUUGUAUUGUUAGAUCUCUCUCUCUCUCUCUCUCUCUCUCUCUCUCAGCCAUAAAAUUUGUCCGUUGUUGCAACAUUUUCUGUCCACCACCCACUACACUGUCUCUCUCUCUCUCUCUCCCCUGCCGGCCAUUGUAACCCACUGGUGCCACACAUCUCUCUCUUUCCCCUUGAGACAGCGGCCUCUCUAUCUCCCCCUCAGACUCUGCAUACCCCCUUAUACCCCACCCCGGGUUAGAUUUUUGCAGAUCCAGACCCAUGAUGCCCUCAGCUUUCUCUCAUUUGAUCUUAGCCGUCCCUGUCAACAGAGACACAUGUCACCGGAUUAGAUGGGAAUUACACCUAAUUGCACCUUGAUGGAAUUGGAGAGGAUCACAAUCCCAAUAUAGCUAGCUACCACUUCCUUAGCAUAACCCACAAAGUCUAAAUACCAAAAUAUCAAGAACUAAUUUACAUCAUCCGAUAGGAUUAGGUACCCACAUUAUGGAACUUUUUUCUUUUUGGGUAGGUGCCGACUAUGACUAGAAUUUUUUACUUCAAUUAUUAAGACAAAAAUUUUAUGGGGAAGCUAGCUUCAAUGUCUUUAUCAUCCCAAAAGAUCAAAAAGAUUUUUUCAGCUAUGAAAUUCCUUAGGCUAUGUUUGUUUGUAAGGGGAAUAAAAGGGAAGGGAAGUGAAAUUUUCAUACUUAAAAAAAAUAUAUAUGUAAUAAUUACCCAUGUGACUUUAACAUUAACUUUAAAUCUUUCCAUAUUUGAUUAUAGAAUUUCACUCUACUUUGCAUCUAAAACCCUAUAAUAUGUAAAAUAAAAAUUACAUGUAAAAUACAUCAUUAGUAAAUAUGGUUAAAAAAAUUAAGUAGUUUAAACAAUUAUAUGGGUAAUGACUAUAAACAUUUCUUUUUAAAGUAUGAAAAUUUCACUUCCCUUUCCUUCCCUUUAAAUUUCCGUUGCAAUCAAACGGAGCCUUAUAGUUUUAAGUUUUCCUUCACCACGUGAUGAGGAUGACCACUCCAUCCUAGGUCCACAAACCCCAUUCUUAUAUGUGUGAGAUAUCUCUAGUUUUUAAGAUCAACCCAUUUAACUUGAGCUUCUCCUCUUACACCAAUCUCAAAAGGGGGCAUUAACCCACAAAGCUGACAACCAUGAAUCCUCUUCUUCAACUCCCUACAGUUAUGUUCUUCUCCUUCCUGGUAUUCCUUUGCUACAUGCUUCAGUGGAGAUCAAGGAAUACAAAGUUCAACAAGAGUGGCAAUAAAAGGGUGGUUGCACCACCAGAAGCCGCCGGGGCAUGGCCAAUAAUUGGUCACCUUCAUCUCUUAGGUGCUAAUACCAUUCCUCACAUUACUUUAGGAGCAAUAGCUCAUAAAUAUUGGCCAGCUUUCACCAUUCGGCUUGGUAUGCAACCUGCUUUGGUGGUAAGUAGUUGGGAGGUGGCAAAGGAAUGUUUUAGUACAAACGAUAGAGCUGUUGCCACCUGAUCCAAGGCAAUAGCCACAAAGCUCAUGGGCUAUAACUAUGCUCUAUUUGGCUUCACUCAUUGAACUUAUUGGCGUGAGGUACGCAAGAUAGUGAUGCAUGAGCUUCUCUCCAACCGUAGGCUUGAGAUGGUCAAGCAUGUUAGAGCCUCAGAGAUCGAAGCCUUCAUAAAAGAGCUAUACAAGAAGUGGGAAGAGAAGGAAGGUGGCCAAAAUAAACAAGUAUUGGUUGAUAUGAAGAAAUGGUUUGCAGAUUUAACACUAAAUAUUAUUGUCCGAAUGGUGGCUGGGAAGCGAUACUUUGCAAAUAAAGCCUCUGAUGCAGAGGAGGCGCGGCGGUGCCGAGAAAGGAGUUAGAGAUUUUUUUCACUAUAUGGGUCUAUUUGUGGUGUCAGAUGCAUUUCCCUUUCUUGAGGGAUUGGACUUGCAAGGAUAUGAGAAACCCAUGAAGAAGAGUGCAAAAAAUUUGGAUUUUAUAGUUGAAGGAAUGGUUAAAGGAGCAUCAGCAGAAGAGAUCAUCUGCUGAUUACUGCAAGGCCAAGGGUGAUGAUCAAGACUUCAUGGACAUAAUGAUAUCAAUUAUGGAGGAUUCAAAGCUUAAAGAUUAUGAUGCUGAUACCAUAAUCAAAGCUACUUGCUUAGUGAGUACAUAGAAGAUAGUUUUUUUUUUUUUAUUCAUUAUAUUGAUUUCAUAAUUUUUUUCAUGAGAAAUGUUGGAUCUUCCAGAUUCUGUUCCUUGUAAAUUUUCUUGAAGCUCAGGUGAAGAGAUUGAUGACGGCGAACAGUAGAACCUCAAAAAAGGUCAGGUUGCUCUUGAUAAAGAAGAAGAAGAUGAUAAAUUGAACUCUUUGCUAUUGCCUAGAAAGGGUGGCAUGAAGAAGAAUCCAAAGAAGUAGCGGAAAACUCGGCUGGAACUCGUCGGAAUCACAAGUCGCAGGAAGGGAGAGAAGGAUCGAAGGAGAGAAAGUGAUACGGAGAGAAUGAAAUGGUAUACAGGUGAAGAGAGGGGUAUUUUUGGGAUAAUAAGA